GUGGACUUCACGAGCUAUGGCUGUCGGCAAGAACAAGCGUCUUAGCAAAGGUAAAAAGGGGAAAGGAAAAAAGCAGGUAGACGCCUUCUCCAGAAAGGACUGGUACGACAUCAAGGCGCCCAAUGCUUUCCAGAUCCGUAACGUUGGAAAGACUCUUGUCACCCGUAGCUCUGGCAUGCGCGUUGCCACCGAAUACUUGAAGGGCCGCGUUGUGGAGGCCAACCUUGCGGACUUGAACAAGGACGAGGACCAGAACUACCGCAAGAUCAAGCUCCAGAUGAUGGACAUCUCCGGAAAGAACUGCCUCUGCAACUUCUACGGAAUGGACAUGACCACUGACAAGAUCCGCUCCCUCGUCAAGAAGUGGCAGACCACCAUCGAGUGCACCGUCGACGUCACCACCACCGACGGCUACAAGUUGAGGAUGUCCUGCAUUGCCUUCACCAAGAAGAGGGCAAACCAGUUGAGGAAGACCACCUACGCUCAGACUGCUCAGAUCAAGCAGAUCCGCAAGAAGAUGACCGACAUCAUGACCAAGGAGGCUUCUACCGUCGACCUGAAGGACCUUGUCCGCAAGUUCAUCCCUAACUCUAUUGGCACCCAGAUCGAGCAGGCUUGCCAGUGCAUCUAUCCUUUGAAGGAUGUCUACAUUCGUAAGGUUAAGACUCUUAAGGCCCCCAAGUUCGAUAUCACCAAGCUCAUGGAAGUUCACGGAAACGCCACUGAAACCUCCGCACCAGCUCCUGCUGCUGAUGAGGGAACCAAGGUUGACCGUCCAACUGAAGCUUAAAUUUUUCUUGCAAACAAGUAAAAGAUGAAAAUACGCA